CUGGCCUUGUGGCCGUUUCUAUCAGCAUGCAGCUCUGACACUGCUUUCACGGGUCUGGGAUUGAAGAGAUUGGUGCUGCACAAAAAGGAAUGCUGGGAAAGAUUACCAGGAUGAAUUUGUCUCAGGAAUGUGAUGAAUGUUUUUCCGCCUCCAUGAAAGGUUUCUGCCCAGUUGAGCAGGAGGGAUCAGACCCCCUGUUACCCCGCUGUGAAACCAUGGUGAGUGAGCGAUCUAUGGAACAUCCUGCAGAGUUCAAAGAUGGAGGCCCCUCAUCUGAACACAGUCUGAUCCAGAAAAAGAGAUCAGAGUCACCUGUUUCCAGCAACGUGUCCAUGAAGAGUGCAUAUGACUGCACCAAUGAUCAAAGAUGGUCCAGGGAUCUUCCAUCACUAAUCAGAUUUGAAUAUCCCUCAUCUGAAGACAGGCAUAGCCUUGAACCGCCUGCCGAUGAAUUCAAGUAUUUCAAAUUAAACCUGAUACGGAAAUUCCAGUAUUUUAAUGAAAUAAUAACAAACCAGGGAAACCCAGAACAUCUGAAUGAGGUCUACACAGAGCUUUACAUCACAGAGGGAAGAAGUGGAGAGAUGAAUAAUGAACAUGAGAUGAGACAGACUGAAGCAACAUCCAGGAGAGCACUAAUUGAGGACUCACUAAUAAAAUGUAAUAACAUCUUUAAGCCCAUAUCUGAACAACACAAACCCAUCAGAACUGUGCUGACAAAGGGAGUCGCUGGCAUUGGGAAAAGUGUCUCUGUGCAGAAAUUCAUUCUGGACUGGGCUGAAGGGAAAGCCAAUCAGAACAUCCAGAUCAUAUUUCCACUUCCUUUCAGAGAGCUGAAUUUGUUGAAGGACCAAAACCUCAGUCUGAUGGAUCUCCUUCAUUUUUGUGUCAAUGAACCAAAAGAACUGGACCUCCUCACCUCACACAAAGUGCUCUUCAUUUGUGAUGGUUUGGAUGAGUGCUAUUUUCCUCUAGAUUUUCAGAGCUGUGUGAGUUUGUGUGAUGUCACUCAGUCAUCUUCGGUGAAUGUGCUCAUGACAAACCUCAUUAAGGGGAAUUUGCUUCCAACUGCUCUCAUCUGGAUAACCUCCAGACCAGCAGCAGCUGAUCAAAUCCCCUCUGAGAUUGUUGAUCGGGUGACAGAGGUACGAGGCUUCAGUGACCCACAGAAGGAGGAGUACUUCAGAAAAAGAAUCAGUGAUCAGAUCUUGGCCAAUAGAAUCAUCACACACAUGAAGUCAUCAAGAAGCCUCUACAUCAUGUGCCACAUUCCAGUCUUCUGUUGGAUUGCAGCCAUUGUUCUAGAGAGAAUGUGGAUGUGUGCAGACAGUGGCGAAUUUCCAAAAACUCUGACACAAAUGUACACACACUUUCUCAUCAUUCAGACAAACACUGCAAGAAAAAAGUACAUAAUGAACCAGAAGGAAGACAAUGAAAUGAUUCUUAAACUGGGUCGACUGGCUUUUCAGCAGCUGAUGAAGGGCAACCUGGUGUUCUAUGAGGAGGACCUGAGAGAGUGUGACAUUGAUGUCACAGAAGCAUUGGUGUACUCAGGAGUGUGUACACAGAUCUUCAGAGAGGAGUUCAGGCUGCACCAGCGUAACAUGUACUGCUUUGUUCAUCUGAGCAUACAGGAGCAUCUUGCAGCUGUAUAUGUGCACCUGAUGUUCAUCAACAACAACACAAAUGUUCUUAAACAGAGUUGGUUGCCUAAACGUUUAAUGAAAAAAGAAAGUACAGUUACAGAUUUGCACAAAAGUGCUGUGGAUCAUGCCAUACGGAGCAAGAAUGAACAUCUGGAUAUUUUCCUUCGCUUUCUUCUGGGUCUCUCACUGGACUCUAAUCAGACUCUUUUACAAGGCCUCAUAACACAGACAGGAAGCAGUUCCUUUAGCAAAAAGGAAACAAUUCAGUACAUCAAAAAGAAGAUCAGGGACAAUCUGUCUCCUGAGAAAUCCAUCAGUCUGUUCCACUCUCUUAAUGAACUGGAAGACCAUUCUCUAGUGGAGGAAAUCCAACAUUACUUGCAAUGUGACAAUCUAAACCAAAGAAAACUUUCCUCAUCGCAGUGGUCUGCUGUGGUGUUUGUGUUACUAACAUCAGAGCAGAGUCUUGAUGUAUUCGACCUACAGAAAUACAGGAGAUCAGAUGAGGUUCUUCUGAAGUUGAAGCCUGUGGUUGCAGCAUCCAGAUCAGCUCAGCUUGCAAGCUGUCACCUGACAAAGAAAAGCUGUGCAGGUCUGUCUUUAGUUCUUGGCUCAGAGUCCUCCUGUCUGAGAGAGCUGGAUCUGAGUGGGAAUAAACUGGGAGACUCAGGAGUAAAGCUGCUCUCUGCUGGACUGGAGAAUCCUCAGUGUAAACUGAAGACACUCUGGUUGAAGUAUUGUGAUGUCACAGAUGAAGGCUGUGCUACUCUGGCUUCAGCUCUGACAUCAAACCCCUCCCACUUGAUAAAGUUGGAUCUGUCUGGGAAUAAACUAAGAAAUUCGGGAGUGUUGAAGCUCUUUGCUGGACUGGAGAAAUCGCAGUGUACACUAGAGAUACUGAGGUUGUGUGAUUGUGAUGUCACAGAUAAAGGCUGUGCUGCACUGACUUCAGCUCUGACAUCAAAUUCCUCACACCUGAGGGAGCUGAAUCUGAUGGGGAAUAAUCUGGGAGACUCGGGAGUGAAGUGGCUCUCUGCUGGACUUCAAAAACCUCACUGUAAACUGGAGACACUGUGGUUGAAGCAUUGUGAUGUCACACAUGAAGGCUGUGCUGCUCUAGCUUCAGCUUUGAAAUUAAACCCCUCCCAUCUGAGAAAACUGAAUCUGACUGAGAAUCUUGUAGGAGACUCAGGAAUAAAACAACUUUCUCUUGGACUGGAGAAUCCUCAUUGUAAACUGGAGUCACUGUGGUUGAAGCAUUGUGAUAUCACAGAUAAAGGCUGUGCUGCUCUGGUGUCAGCUCUAGGAUUAAACCUCUCCCACCUAAGAAUGUUGGAUCUGUCUAGAAAUAAACUAGGAGACUCAGGAGUAAAGCUGCUGUCUGAUAUGUUGAAGGAUACUCGUUGUAAAAUAAAGUCACUGGGGUUGUGUGAUUGCGAUGUCACAGAUGAAGGCUGUGCUGCUCUAGCUUCAGCUCUGACAUCAAACCCCUCACACCUGAGGGAGCUGAAUUUCUAUUGGAAUAAAUUAGGAGACUCAGGAAAGAAGCAGCUACAUGCUCUUAAGGAUGAUCCGCUUUGCAUGCUACAGGUACUCAGGAUCUAAUGAAUUUCUGGUGAAGACUCCAGUGAUGAGAGAUAUUAAAUAGCCUUGAUAUCCAGGUGGUGAGAUUAUCUGGACUCCCCUGCAGCUCUGAGAUGGAAUCCACCCUCCUGUUUUGGGGAACAUAGAACAUGUGUUAUGGAUCAGUGGAGAUUUAUCAUAGCCACACUGAAGUGCAGAACUCAUGACACUGAGACUCAAGUCAAAGGACUCUGUUUUUCUGGUCAUAGCAUGAAUUCAUUAAUUAUUAGAGUUUGGAUAAUAUUCUGGAUCACAAGAUAAUGUCUUCUAUGUUAAUUAAUGAACAUUAACUUAAUUAACCACUAGAGGGCAACAAAGCGCAACAUCUAACCUCACAUGAGAAACAACAAAAAGGCCAAACAAACCCUCCAACCCAAAUCAAGCACAACUCAGUCUUGAAACUCUCUCAUGCUUCUUACUGUUUUAGUUAUUGAUGGGAUUUUUUAUGACCAUAUUAAACCAAUCCAGUGUAGUGCAUACAUUCUUCAGAAAGGAACGUUAGAUUUGAUUUUGAUAAUUUUGUAUGUAAUUAUUUUCUGCAUGUAUGCCUUCAUGCUUUCUACAGUUCUCCAUACAGGUGUACCUUUGUAAGUUGCUCUGCAUAAGAGCGUCUGCUAAAUGCCGUAUAUGUAAAUGUAAAUGUAUUCUGUUGAUUAUUUCACCACCUUUUACUUUUGAGCAAGAGGACAUUUUAGCUGUAGCCAGCCAAUCACAUUCGGCAGGUAUUGAUUUGAGUUACCUUCUAACCAGCACUGUAUCUUAUGUAUAUACAAUUAUACAAUUAUAUAUAUGAUCAUAACGUUUUGUAAUUUGUUAAUGUAUUUUGACAUGCAAAGAAAUUUGUCACAUUGAUAUUGAGACUGUGAUGCAUAACUAUAUGUUACACUGACAUCAGUGCAACAUGUGUAAUAUAUUAAAAUAAAUGAGUGAUUA